AUGGCCGCUCCCUUUGGCCUUUCGCUCGUGGACCUUACAAAGGCGAUUCAACUGGCCAGAGAAAUCUACCUCAAAUGCUACACUGAGGAUCAAGGUGCAAAUCACAAAUAUCGGGAAUUCGUCCAGCACAUAAACACUUUGAGGAGUAGUCUACAGCGACUACAAGAGGGUUUCAGAAAAUACGAGAAGCAAUACCCCCGGCGAGAAUGGCAUAGCGAUCCGUACAACACCGAUGCGGCGGACGCGUUGUGGCCUCAGCUGACGGGAGAUUUUCACCAAACUCUAAAAGAGUGCGAGUCGCUGUUGAGUCGCCAUGGUUAUCUGCAGAAUGGCCGCACCACGGCAACCUCAAACCUUCGCUGGUGGUUAUCUGCUGAAGGAGCAGUCGAUAACCUCAUGGCAAAAUUAAGGCUCCAUAUCACCAUGGUCGACUUUUAUGCGAAGCCUGCUGAAUUCGAAGCGUUCAUCAGAAACGGAACACAAAUUCAACAAAUGAGAAGGCAACUAGCUAAUUUAGAACGAGUGAUGAUGAAUGGCCCUGGGUCGUCUCCCGCGCUGUGGGAAUGCAUCGUUUCGAUCGAGUUGAAGGCGAAAUUGGAGGCCGAGCUUCAGGCUUGUCCACCAGUGUGGUUGAAAGACGGGUCAUCGUGGCCGCUAGAAGAGGGUUUCAGAGCCUUAACAUUCCACUUCGCCCGAGGAACUAUCCAUUUCAAUCCGACGCCUCAAAGUGGCAAAAUACCGGAGUUGCAACAAUAUCUGAACCUCGCCAAAUCAACCUGGAUCCUGGAAAAGCUAAAGGAGAGCAACCAUUUUAAGGCCACCAGCACCGAAUCUAUUUGGGCCGAUUACAUGAGAGAACUAGAAGAUGACCUCAAAGGUCAGGUACACCGUUUCGAAACAGGAGAAUUGGGUAAACUUCCUGCUCAUAGCCUCCUUGUGCUGGCGAGUGACGCUUAUGCUAUCAGCCAGGGCGAAGAGGUCAAUCCCGACCCCUUGGAUGCUGGGAAAGCGGGACCCAUCGAGGAGAAGAUAUUGGAGAUAGACCUUUCGCCAACCACCGGCAACCGGGAGUGUGCCUUGUUAGUCUUCCGUGAGAGUGACGCUGACUUCCGGCUCGUAACCUCCAUGAGGCAAGCGGACACUCUAGUAGCUCUGUAUGACAAGGAAGUUGAAUUAAAUAUGGCCAGAAAUCGACUUGUUCCCGCUUACGCAAGCCCAGCGCAAGGCUUGUCGCCACGCUACAACUUGCUCCUCUUAAAUGAGAAGGGCAAAAAGGCGAAGGAGUUCGCUUUUGAAAGCCCCGAAGACGUCCAGAAGCUGCAACGAGCAUUAACAGGUUAUCGAGUUCAUCAUGAUAUGCCAGUGGCUCGCUGGUGUAUCAAUGGGUCCAAGGAGCCUGGCAAUUAUGGGCAAGGCAUAUUGCAGCUCUGGCAGUUCAAGCCCUUACCGGCGCUUCUUGACCCAAACUCAUCCGAGGGUUCAGAUUCAAGCUCCCUUCUUCGAAUUCCGACUUCCAACGGCCAAAAUGGAAGUUCCGUCGAUUUCCUAGGUUGGGAGCCAACUCCAAGCACACCCUUCGCGGACGCGUUUCAUGAAAAUCCAUCAUCGACAACAUCUUCAUUGGCAGAGUCAAAGAGCGUCGAGGCUCAGAACAUUAGACCUGGCAUGACUGUGCUGUCGAGCACGACGAGAACCUCCGGUUAUGGAACUCCCACCACAGGACGAAAGUUUUCCAAGGCAUGGAGCUUUACAUCCACAUCUAGGAGCGGAAGUCGUGAAACGCAAAGACAUUUCUCCAUCGCGUCUGGAAAAACUGGGACGUCGCGAGCCAGCGUCAUGACGCCUGUUCAAGGUCCUCGAGGCAGGGGCACGGAAUUUGUCAAGCCAGAACUGCCGGCUCUCAUCCUCUUCACCAAAUGCAACGCAAGAUAUACCUUCCUCCACCUGACCCUGGACCCGAAAAUUCAUAUCAACCCGACUGCAUGCAAAUGCCGGAAUGAGAGGUCCGGCUGCAAGAGGGUGGUUAUUGAAUCCAAGAAUCCUUGCUUCACGAUGCGUGUAUUAACCGCCGAUCAGAAAGGGGAUGAUGGGAUCAACAGCUGGGACCUGUCCGUUUUUCGGUACCCGCGGACCGAGAAGUGGCAGCAAGCAAUCGUCAACGACAGGGUGAAGACCCUUGAGUUGGAAUUUGCCACCGUGGAAGAAAGGAUCUUAUUCGUCGACGAGGUCACCUCGCUCGAGAACGUCCGGACCACCGACCACAAUGAAUACCAAGAGGUCUUGAGGCAAAAGACCACGAAGAAGGAGAAAGGAAGAGGGUGA